AUGCAGAGGUUUUUCCCGCAGUACCUUCCUCCAGCGCCAUCGUACACUGCACCGGCUCAAGCGCACCCCGGCAAAACGCAAUGCUGCAAUCAAGCGUUCGAUGCUCAUGUGAAGCAGUUACCUUUGAAACUAUAUUCAUCCAGGCACGGCAUGGUAGAAGUAUGCUGCAUUGAAAGGCACUACUCAAAAUGUGGGACGUUCUACAUGGGGCGCUGGUCUUACCAACGGAGUUCGGCAGAUCUAGGUGACAUCAGAAAGUUGUGUCUUACGCCAGAGGGAUGUCCAGAACCGUACUUCGUUGGUUUCUCUUCCGCUCAUGGAAGGCACUGCGUCGGCCUGGCAGCGGAGGACAUGCGCCGAGUGCGCCCUGUGCUGCAUCAUGCGCGAGGGUCCUUCACAACAGUAGCGGAAAUGCUGAUAGAGGAGAGCGGGUGA